AUGCCUGAGCUACACAGGGCGAAGAGCCAUGCAGGCCAGCAUGCAGGCAGCAUGCAGGAGGAGAAUCGGGAGGAGCAUGAGGAGCGGAUCAGUGGCGGAGAGAAGAGGGGAAGGGGAAGGGGAAGAGGAUGGGAGAGAAGGGAGAGGGGGAAGUCGAUGAUGGGCCCCUUGUUACCGCCGCAUUAUCGAGAUCUUACAAGCGCUGGCAACAAGUGGCAGUUGGCGGCUAGUGCGGCAGCUGAUCUAGCAGCGAUUGUCUUGGCACUGGCAGUCGUCGUUUCAUCUUCAUCGCACCAGGAUUCUGUGCUGGUGAAAGGAGUCCAGCAGAUGCACAGCCGCAUGUCUGCUCGUGCAGCCUUUCCCUCCCUCGUUGACUUGCUCUUCAGACUGUCGCCUCGAGUUCUGAGCCUCGACAAGGUUGAGCUGCUCAAACAGGUGAGAGAUGAGGUGAAGAAGCUGCAGGCGAUUGUGCACAAGGAGCGGGUGAGCACGGACAAGGCCAACGGGUUGGAGGAGGAGUCGGACAAGGCGGAGCGCCUGGCAGCACAAGCGCUGGCAGAUGCCAAGAGCGUCAAGAAGAGGCUUGCUGCGAGACGUGCGGCAGCCAAGGAAGCGUUCCGUCGAGCGCAAGGAGUCGCUUUCUUCGCGCUGGUGGAGUCGCACAGGCUGAGACUGGAGUCAGGAGCGAAGGCUCAAGACGCCAUUGACAGGGAGGGGAAGACGAGGAGCGACGAGAACAAGGUCUCUCAUCAGAUCCAAAUCGUCGACGACAAGAUCCAGAAGAUGGACAAGGAGCUGAACGUGUGGAAGCGAAGGCUCGUCGCUCAAAGGGGUUGGAUCCCUUUCAAUCAGGCGGCAUGA